AUGGGUCCUGAUACUGUGGACACAUGGGUGGAAAGAUUCUUUAAUGAGGUAGAUAUCUGCUGCAGUGGGCAGGUAAACUGGCAGCAGUUGUGUUCCUACCUGCUGCUGGAGUACACUGAAAGAGAACGCGCCUCCAUCCCCCGAGCAGCUCUGCUGGACACACAGCUGCAGGUCAGACACUGCUCCCAAAACAAGCAGGAGCCAACAGUGCGGGUGCUCGCUAUUUCCCGUCCUGCUCCACUCCGCUACAUUAGCGUCAGUAAGGGAGGUCAAGUCACAGUCUGGAACAGCAGCCUACACAUCCUCAAAAGCAUCGGGCUUGUCGGAGACCCAACAGAGGAAGUGGCCAACAGGAGGAGAUUCAGAGGCUGGACCACUGAUGCCGUCUAUAUGGGCAAUGUCCAGAAGGUUGCCAUAGCAACUGACUGCAGGGACUUGCAUUUUGUCAACGUCUCAGCUGCCAGUGUUUUUGAGGAUGUCCAAUUAUUUGGGUUUCGUAGUGUCCCGACUGCUCUCUGUUACUGGUAUGAUGUUCAGCGUCCAGAGCAACCUUCUCUGCUGCUACUGGGGGAUGAAAAAGGAGGUGUCCACCUUAUGCGGUUCCUGAACCCGUCUGGAGGUCUUUUCAAGAGACCGUCCAGGAGAGGGAGGGGCCCGCAGAGGAUCUUCUUCCCUGAUCUCUGUGAUCACAGCGACAUGGUCUCCCACCAUCACAUUGCCAACGUCCACCAGGAACUGAUCAACAGAGUGAUGUUUGAACCCAGCACUCAAAUCAUCAUGACAUCAUCAGAAAGUGACAACAACUCUGUUGUCUUCAUGAAUGUGACACUGAAGCAGGGGCCUUAUGUUUGGAAAAUUAAGCAGGUAUUCUGA